GUUUCUCCGGCCCAAAAAAAAGUCAAAGGGCUGCUUGUCCGCUGUGUUGCUACGCACCAGAUCUCGAACAGUUUGCUCGCUUUCAUGACUCUCAGAGUCACGACUCUCUAACCCUCUCCCAGCCUUCUCUUCGACUGCAGUCGAUUACCGUCCAGCACACAAUCCAAAAUGCGCGCCCGCCGGAGCAAGAGGUAUCGCAAAAUCAUGUCCGCCUACCAGAGGAGCUUCUCUUUCCACGAACCCUACCAAGUCCUCCUCGACUCCCAUUUCCUCAAGACAUGCCACUCCUUCCACAUGCCGUUGCAGAAAUACCUCGAGAAUACGUUACAUGGGCAGUGCCGACUUUUUGUGACGAGGUGUACUCUGGCGAAAAUCAUGGCCGACUGGGAGAAGGUCAAACAAAAGGAGGGUCGAGCCAGAGGCCCUCCGCGGCCGGAUUUCCUUCCUCCCCCAACAGAAGUGCCCCUGCGACACUGCAAACACAAGGAUGACGAAGGUCAAGAACUGGGUGUGGUGAGCGAGGCCCGGUGUCUCCUCGAUCUAUUGGCGGGGCAGCCUCAUGGCAACGAACAUGCCAAAAAUAAACAACAUUACAUCCUCGCCACGGCGGAUGCCGACGAGAAGGAGUCGCGAGCCAAGGGAUUUAUCGAUGUGAAAGACAGAGCGAGACUCAUCCCGGGAGUGCCCAUCGUGUAUGUGAAACGGAGUGUGAUGAUUCUGGAAGAAAUGAGCGGAGUCAGCGACCGCACCGUCCGGUCACAGGAGAAGGAGAAGUUUUCUCAGGGAUUGAUCGGACUGGCAUCUCGAAAAAGGAAGAGGGGAGAGGAAGAUGGGAGUGAGGAUGAGGACGACGAUCUGCUUGCGGAGGAGAACCAAGGCCCCAAGAUCAGAGGGUUGAAGAGAGCAAAAGGGCCGAACCCGUUGAGCGUCAAGAAAAAGAAGGCCAAAGGGCGGUCAUCGAAUGAAGCAGACCAUAGUAAGACCGCCGAAGGGGAAGAGGAGCGGCGGAAAAAGGCAAACAGAAGGGGUACAAGAGGCCGGCGAGAGGCGAGAAACAAAUCGACUCCAGACUCUCAGGCGGGAGGACAAGAAAUCAGGCAAGCGGCUGCAAUAGCGGAGGCAUAGCGACCGGACCAGGAGCUGGAAGCUUUCUGGGCUGAGGGGAGUUUUCUGUUUUUAUUUCUUCCGAGCUUUUGUAUCGGUAUGAACGAGAUACCCCAUCCAUGAAUGGACGACCGUGAAAUGUCAAUUGUUUUUGGCCUGCUCUGCCCAGGCGAACAACAUCAGUACCGC